AUCGUCCAACUGUAGAGAGCAGCCAGCCUAGUCGACGUUAGAGGAUUUGGAUCCCGUAGCCCGGCCGGACAGCCGGACAGGCUGCCGCCACGGCGCCACCAGCCACCGGCCACAGCAGCCAGCACGCGUCGAAGAAGACGACGCGGCCCGCCAAGCUCCCCCCGCCACGCCAAAAGGAACAGAAAGGCGCGUGGUGGGAGUGGUAUGGAGAGGGGCGCCGCCACCGCCGCCGCGGUGCUCGGCUGCGCCCUCCGCUCCCCUUCUCCCUCCCCGUCCCAGGCUCCCCGGUGGCCGCCGCUCCUCCGCUGCCCCCGUCGCGGCCCGCCCCGGCCUGCCCGCUCCCUUAUGCCGCCCGCGCGGCGUUUCAGGUCUCUAGACAUGAAGAAGGGACAGAGUAGGAACUCACUGAAGACCUUCAGCUCAUCUGGACACUCGGGGGUUAGACUAAACAAUGAAGAUCUCAUCAAUGACAGGCUCCUAAUAGAUUGUGGAGAGGAUCAAGAUUGUGUGCUCGGUGGCAUAGUUGCCCUGGGAAAGUUUGAUGCCCUCCACAUUGGUCAUCGGGAAUUGGCAAUGCAUGCUUCUAAAGCAGGGACUCCUUUUCUUCUGUCUUUUGUGGGAAUGGCCGAAGUACUUGGCUGGACAUAUAGGCCUCCUAUAGUUGCUCAUUGUGAUCGCAAGCGGGUCCUUUCAUCUUGGGCUCCAUACUGUAGGAAUGUGGUACCUCUUGAAUAUCAAGUUGAGUUUUCAAAGGUCAGGUCCCUGUCUCCACGACAAUUUGUUGAAAGGUUAUCAAAGGAUCUUAGAAUAAAAGGUGUCGUGGCAGGUGAAAAUUACAGGUUUGGUUACAAAGCAUCUGGUGAUGCAGCUGAGUUAGUGAAACUAUGUGAGGAAUUUGAUUUAAGUGCAUUCAUUGUACGCUCUGUCAUGGACACAGCAAAAAGAUCUCAUAAUGGAGUUUCAGCUGCUAUAAAUUCCAGUGAUAAAGGACAGGUUUCUUCCAGCCGUGUCCGCCAUGCGUUGGCUAUGGGUGACAUGGAAUAUGUCUCUGAAUUACUAGGGAGGAAACACCGUCUUGUGCUAAUGGUUAACCAACACUGCCUUCACGAAAAGAAAAACAUUGUACUCCCUAAUUCUUGCAUGUUGAACAUGCCACCAGCUGAAGGUCUCUAUGAAAACUGCGACCUUGUUAAUGGAGGGUAUCUUGGACCAUGUAGAGUGAUCAUCGACUCUGACACCAUUAUCAUUGAGAUGAAAGACGAGAACAGCUUAUCUCUAAAUCCUAUUCAAGAAGUUCAGCAGUUAGGGAUUGAGUUUGGAUAAAGUUAUGUAGAUUUUUUGCUUUAUUGGUGGAAACCCCUUUUCUUCAUCUGCCAUCUUCUGGAGAUUAUCGCCGAAAGAAGACGACAUUGCCGGAAAUACUGCUAGGGAAUUCAAGGACUAUUUGUUCAAGUAUGCAGCACGCCCCAUCAUGAUUGAGCUCAGGAGCAUCUUGUAGUCUCAAAAUAAUGCUUUAUUACAGAAAAAGUGGAGAUUAGUCCAGGGUUACCAUACAUACAUACGAGGACAGUGGAGUCAAACUGGCAUUUUUUGAUCUGAUGACAAGCUGUAUCCAUCGAAACAAAUGCACAGAAGGGGUUUAUCUUGCACUCUAGCAUUAUGUAGCUUAUACGAUUGUUAGUCUUUAGUUGGUACACUGAUAGGUAGCUUGGUCACUUGUCAACAUUGUACUGAUGCUUCAUCCGUUUACUUAGACCUUGUUUCUGUUGGGAAAAAAAAAACCUUUGAUUCUGACAACAUUUGAGAUCCCACCAGUUUCUUUGAUACAAAAUCGUAGCUGUUUUUUUCCUA